AUGAAUUCCCUUAGUCCUAAGGAAGUUGAGGAUAGCAUCAGUGUCGUGUCGGAGCUGGGCCUUGAGACCCUGGAGAAGACGCUCUCCCAAACCCAACGACAGCUCUCCGAACGGGAGCAGCAGUUGUUGCAAAGUCAGCUGAGCUGCUGGCUCUUCAGAAGGAGGAGGGCAGACUUCAGCCUCUUGCGAAACCAGUUCUUGACAGAGGGAAAGAAAGCUGAGAAGCAGGUAGCCAGCCUCAAGGAAGCGCUCAAGACCCAGUGCAGCGAGCUGGAGAAGAACCUUCUCGAGCAGAAGCAGAACAGCUCCAUGCAGAAGGAGACGGCGACCAUAGAGCAGGUGGCGCAGGACAACCACGAGCGGGCCCGGCGCCUAAUGUGGGAGCUCAGCCAGAUGCAGCAGGAGUACGCGGAGCUCAAGACGCAGAUGGUAAAUCAGAAAGAUCUGGAAAGAAAACAAGUAGAAAUCAGUGAAGCAAUGAGGACACUUAAGUCUGAAGUGAAAGACGAAAUCAGAGCCAGCCUGAAGAACCUCAACCAGUUUCUCCCAGAACUGCCAGCAGACCUGGAAGCCAUUCUGGAACGGAACGAACACCUGGAAGGAGGCUUGGAGAGCUUGAAAGAAAACUUUCCAUUCGCCCUCAGUGAGAAACCAUCACCUUUUGAAGAGAAACUGAAUUUUUCUCAUGUUCACAUAAUGGAUGAACACUGGCGUGGAGAAGCUCUCCGGGAGAAACUGCGUCACCGUGAAGAUCGACUCAAGGUUGCCCUUUUAAAAGAAAAAAAAAACAAACUAUAAGAUGCUUGGCGUGGUGAGGAGAUAGGGACACUGCUCUGUCGCAGCUGUCCCAGGAGUCCUGUAGGUUACACGUUCGAAGCGCAGAGAGGUUGGCAUCAUAGUUAGUCAGCAGCAGGGUCAGGGUUCAGAACCACGAGCUCUGGUGCUCAGCCUGGGGUUCCUUACCCUCGUAAUGCUGCUCUGCCUCAGCUGAAACUGACUGGACCUGCAGACAGAAAAUAGAGAUGCACUCAUAAAAACAAGGUUCGCAGGCCCGUGGUUGGGGAGGGAUUGGGGAAACCAGAGAAGUAGGCUUGGGUGUCAAAUAAGAAGCUGUUUGGCUCAGGAUAUGUUGAACUUGAAGGCUUCAUGAGACACACAGGGAAGGAUGUCUGUAGGCAGCUGAAAAUCGGUGUCUAGAAUUCAGUUGUAAGGGCUGACCUAAAAAUGUGGGGGUGAAGAGUAUAGUGGGGAGCUGAAAAAUGAGAGUGAGGUGGAUGGAGCAAGAGAGGACAGAAUGCGUCUUUGGAUAUUGGCCACUUGCAUCGAGGUCUGAGCGGGAGCCACGUACA